AUGCGCUUCGCUCCUCUCCUCGCGGCUCUCGCCGCGUCCUCGGCCGCCGGCUCCUCCGUCGAGCCCCGCGACCCGAACAAGCUGUUCACCCUCGAGCUUGCUCCGGGAGAGACCGUCACCGUCACGGAGGAGGAGAAGUGGAAGAUGAUGGACAAACGCGUCCACUUCUUCGACAUCACCGAGUGGUCGGACGUCCCCGCCGCCGUCACCACGGCCGACUUCAGGCUCGCCGCCGCCGCCGCCCUCCCGUUCCCGACGGCCAUGAACCAGUCGUGCCACGUCAACGCGCUGAUCCCCAAGCUCAGCAAGGACAACAUGCGCACCCACCUCGAGCGCUUCUCGGCCUUCCACAACCGCUACUACCUCUCGCGCACCGGCGUCGAGUCCGCCGAGUGGCUGCACGGCCAGGUCGCCGCCGUCCUCGACGCCGCCGGCCACCCGACCGCCAACGUGCGCUACGUCCGCCACGUCGCCUGGUCGCAGCCCAGCAUCAUCGUCACCAUCCCCGGCCGGAACCAGCGCACCGUGGUCGUCGGGGCGCAUCUCGACUCGGUUAUCUCCGGUGACCGCGGCGCCGGCCGCGCGCCUGGUGCUGAUGACAACGGCUCCGGCUCCGUCAUGAUCCUCGAGGUCCUCCGCGUCCUGCUCUCGGACAAGCGCAUCGCCUCGGGCGACCUGCUCAACACGGUCGAGUUCCACUGGUACGGCGCCGAGGAGGCCGGCCUGCUCGGCAGCCAGGACAUCUUCACCCAGUACCGCGCCUCCAACCGUCAGGUCGUCGCCAUGCUGAACCAGGACAUGGUCGGCUACGUCGGCCGCGACGGCGUCGAGCGCUUCGGCGUCGUCACGGACUGGACCGACCCGGACCAGGUCGCGUACAUGAAGCGCCUCAUCGAUGCCUACACCGACAUCCCCUACGAGGACACCGUUUGCGGCUACGCCUGCUCCGACCACGCCUCGGCGAACCGCAAUGGCUUCCCGUCGUCCUUCAUCUUCGAGGCGCCGUUCGGGAACCACAACCCGAACAUCCACACGCCCAACGACACCAUCGAGCACGUCUCGUUCGACCACGCCCUGGAGCACGCCAAGAUGACGACGGGGUACCUCUACGAGCUGGCCUACUGGCCGUUUGCGUAG